GUCGGCUCGCGGUGCAGCCCGGGAAUUGUAGUCCCCCGGCGAGGUUAGCUCGCAAGGCGGGAGCUGCCCGGCGGACUACAUUACCCAGUGGGCCUUGCGCUCUCCCCUGACGCACGCGGAAGUGGGGGAAGGGCGAAAGAAGCAGAGAGGAGAGAGACGACAGGCUCCGGCUCCUCCCGCAGUUUUGUGGGAAGAGAGAGAAACACAGGAGAGCGAGUGAGAGAAAGCAUCGCCGCCCAAACAUCGAGCGACAAUGGCAGCCGGGCUUCCCAGGCGUAUUACCAAGGAAACCCAGCGUUUGCAUGCAGAGCCGGUGCCUGGUAUCAAGGCAGAAGCAGAUGAAUUCAAUGCACGCUACUUUCAUGUUGUUAUAGCUGGUCCCCAGGAUUCUCCAUUUGAGGGUGGAACUUUUAAACUUGAACUAUUUCUUCCAGAAGAAUAUCCUAUGGCAGCUCCAAAAGUUCGCUUUAUGACCAAAAUAUAUCACCCAAAUGUAGACAAGCUGGGCAGAAUCUGUUUAGAUAUUCUGAAAGACAAGUGGUCCCCAGCUUUGCAGAUUCGUACAGUGCUGCUAUCAAUCCAGGCAUUGUUAAGUGCUCCAAAUCCAGAUGAUCCAUUAGCAAAUGAUGUAGCCGAACAGUGGAAGAGCAAUGAAGCCCAAGCCAUAGAAACAGCCAGGACAUGGACUAGGCUAUAUGCCAGUGGGAACAGCAAUUCCAGAUGAAGUUGAAUGCACAUCACAGCCCUUGUUCUGCCAAGAUCUCUCUCCUUGCAUUCAAAGAACAGUCUUAGAAAACUGCUGAAUAAACCCAGACAAAUAAAAUUCUUGGUGUUUAAAUGCAUAUUAGAGACUAUUUGUCAUGUUUGGAUUCACCAUUAAAGCAUGAGCAGAGUCUAUACCACUUUGCUUUUCUAUUUUUCCCCCUCCUUCCGCCACCCAGUUAAUUUGAAAGCAGCGAUGCACCUCUGCUUUAUUUACAAUGACUGGCGUUAUUUUUUCUUAGCACUGUGAAUGAAAAUCUGCUUAGUUAGCUGCUCUAUUGUAAGUUUUUUUUUAAUUUUCUGGGUUUUGUUUUUUGUGAUGCUAAAAGCAAUUUUUGAAAGCAGCUAACUUGUACACAGUAGAUCAUGCCCUUUGCCAAGAGUAGUAACUUUUUUUUCUUUUUAGGUGCACUAGAUUAAGCAGCUUGCUGGUUAUUAGUUAGUCCAGUCAGUAAAGGAAGAGAAAAAAAGCAAUGCAUCAAUAUUGUGACUCUCAAAUGUAGAUCCUGAGAAAGCUUGUUACUUUGUAUGGCUUGUCUGGGGGUGGGAGGGGGGGCAGUGUGGGGAAGAAAGAUUUCUGUAAAACCUUUGUUUUAGUAAACUUUUUUUGUUCCAUUUGACUGUUGUACUGGUGUUGAUCUUUCCACAAGCGCAAUACGGUGAAUAAAUGAUGUUUUAGUGAUUUGAA